UCUCUUCCCAGGAGAGGAGCGUGCGCCUCCGCAGAUGGUACGAGCUGAUGAUGGAGAACAAGGACGAGCUGGCGACGAUCAUAACGGCCGAGAACGGGAAGCCUCUGAAAGAAGCACAGGGUGAAAUCCUGUAUUCUGCCUCAUUUCUGGAGUGGUUUGCGGAGGAAGCUCGCCGGGUUUAUGGUGAUGUCAUUCCAGCGUCUGCAAAAGACAGAAGAAUCCUGGUGCUGAAGCAGCCAGUAGGAGUGGCAGCCAUUAUAACCCCAUGGAAUUUCCCCAGCGCUAUGAUUACCCGGAAGGUUGGUGCAGCUCUGGCAGCUGGCUGUACGGUGGUAGUGAAACCUGCAGAGGACACACCUUUAUCAGCAUUAGCUCUUGGGGAGCUUGCAAACCAGGCUGGAAUUCCAGCAGGAGUGUAUAAUGUUGUUCCUUGUUCCAGACAACAGACACCAGCUGUAGGGGAAGUUUUGUGCACUGAUCCAUUGGUAGCCAAAAUAUCUUUUACUGGCUCCACAGCAACAGGAAAGAUACUGCUGAAACACGCAGCUGGCACUGUGAAGCGAGUUUCCAUGGAGCUUGGAGGCCAUGCUCCUUUUAUAGUGUUUGACAGCGCCAAUGUGGACCGUGCUGUUGCAGGAGCCCUUGCUUCUAAGUAUAGAAACUCAGGGCAGACCUGUGUUUGCACAAACCGUUUCCUGGUGCAAAAGGGAAUCCAUGACAAAUUUGUGGAAAAGUUUGCUAAAGCUAUAGAGAGAGAACUACACGUCGGAAGUGGAUUUGAUGCAAAAACUACCCAAGGGCCACUAAUUAAUGAAAAAGCAGUGGAGAAGGUAGAGAGACACAUUAAUGAUGCAGUUUCUCAAGGAGCAUCUGUUGUGACUGGAGGGAAACGACACAGCUUGGGGAAGAAUUUCUUUGAGCCAACAUUACUUAGUAACGUUACAACAAAAAUGCUUUGCACCCAAGAGGAGACAUUUGGCCCUUUAGCACCAGUUAUCAAAUUUGAGACUGAAGCAGAAGCUAUUGCUAUAGCAAAUGCAGCUAAUGUGGGUUUAGCAGGAUAUUUCUACUCCCAAGAUCCAGCUCAGAUCUGGAGAGUUGCAGAACAGCUGGAAGUUGGAAUGGUUGGUGUUAAUGAAGGCAUAGUCUCCUCAGUGGAGAGUCCUUUUGGUGGGGUAAAACAGUCUGGCUUAGGGCGAGAAGGUUCAAAAUAUGGCAUUGAUGAAUACUUAGAAAUAAAAUAUGUCUGCUUUGGAGGCUUAUAAAAAUCUUCAAAAAGCACAAUCACAACAGCUUGGAAAAGAGUGCUGUAGUUUUAAUAAGCUUCUUGAACCAGAAAUAUGUAUGAAUGCAUCUUCUACCUUCUUUAAAACUAAGCAACCCUGUUCUGUAUGUGUAGAGAUAUUUAGAGCAUUCUGUGCUGCCAUAUCUUUUUACACAUUCUUUAUUUAUACAUUCAGUUUUUCAGCAAUGUGAUCACAACGUCCAUCAUUUUUAGUAAGGAGUAGGGAAGAAUGCACAUUUAUUACUCUUGGAUUACCCGUGUAACUGGGAGGACUUGGGAGACUUGUGCGUAAUGAAAAUAGAUCAUAACCUAUGGCAAGGGCAAACGACCACCAUUUUCUACUGCCUCUAAUGUGUGGAUGUGGGAGGCUUCAGGGAUGGCAGCCUCCCUUUAGAAUUUUGUGUAAAUACUCACAUUUUCUAAUGUGAUUUUGUGACCUUCUUUUAGAAGCAGGCGUGUCUUUUUUUUUUUUAAUUGUGGGAGAAUCUGAUGCUUGUGAAAGGUGAGGAAUUGCUUUUAGCUACAGGUAGGUAUCCAUGCAGGCAAACAGACAGCUUUUUCAGUGCACGUUAAUGUUGGCUGCAGAGCUGCCACCUGUUCAGCUUUGGGCUUCUGAGCAAAGAGGUGUAAUUUGUGCCUAACAGCUUGCACGCCUGGGAUCAAAUAUGGCCCUUGUUUGAUGUUUGUGAGCCCCAGCAGUCCUGGGAACAGGACAGUCCAGGACAAGGAGUUGCUGGAGUAGCAGGAGGAAGAUGGGAUGCUUACUUGCAGGAAUAACUUGCAGAAGUGUAAGGGGACACUAUAAGGGCUGUGUGAAGGAAGCACAAGUGGUGACACGAUGAUAAACUCCCUUCCGUGAAAAGAACGUGACCCUCCUUGGGUAGAAGUACAGUCGCUGAUGUAAAUGUUGCUCAGUGUCUAAAGGAACGUUACUCACCACCUCCAAGGAACAUGAGCAGAUAGAUGGUUCCAUUCCUAUGGGCUUUGUGCCUUGAAUUGGAUUUGUGGUUACAGAGGUGAAUGUCCAUUAGGGAGGAAGGUUUAAAAACCUUUGAACUUGGCUAACUUGUGACCUAAUAAAGACUUAAAUAGGAGUGAUUAGAGGUGAGACAUCUACACAUCACCUAUUUUGUCAUCUUCAAAAGAUGAUGUAAAGCUUCCUAAGUAUGAAAUAAAACAACGCUGUUUAAACAUUAUCUUAAUGGUAGUCAGAAAAAGUACUUUAAAAAACAUGCAAUGUUAAUUUGGCAAAUAAAUCAGCACUGCAGAGGCUAAGGGGAAUAAAUUUUGUUUCCUGUGUUGAUUAACUAUUUGGUGGGGCUUUACUCAUUUAAUUAUUAAAGAUAAAUAAAAGAAGGCAACAGAGCUCUUCCUCCUAUACACUUAUGAAUGUACCCUAUGAAAUGGGAUAUUUUAAGAUAUUUUAUUCCAAUCAGGCAAAGAGGUACCAGGUAACGCAAGACUUGGGGGGGAGGCGGGGGGGAAGCAAGCCAGAACAGUUUCAUGGGAUUUUUUUAAAGCGUGCAUAAGGUAGCAUUGACUGCUACUUAUUAUUUCUAAAUAUUUUUUAUGGUUAUAUUUGUGUAACACUUGAGACUAGGUAAGUCUGGAGCACAUUAUCUGUCAGUAGAGUGUGUGUGCAUCAUGCCAGCCGAAGCAUGGUUAAAGGAUACUUACUGCCCGUCCAGUGAUUUCCAAUGCAUCAAAAAUGCACAUUUAAGAUAGUGAGGACUUAAUACUGUUACCAGUCGCAGCAUACAUGCUUGUUGUCAAGAACAAAAAAAGCAUGGCCUAUUUCUACACUAGUUGCAAGAAACUUUAUCGCCAACUUCUAAGCUUACACUAUUGAGCGCACAGGCUGCCUGAAUUUGGGGAAUACAGUGUUGUGGAAGAGGGAGCUGUUUGCCAGCCAAUACGUGUUUGUUUCUUAUUGGAAAGAGUAACUAGGUAGAAGAAGGUCAUAACUUGGUGCUUGGGUACUACAAUACAGUGAUACAGUCACACUUACAGGUAUUGUACACAGGUAGAAUAUCUGCCACUGAAAUUGCACAUACUUAAAAUACGUCUGCCUGUGAACAGCAGUGUAAGGUCAAAAUUAAAGUUACCUCAUUUACUGCUGUAUGACAGUGCAGUCUUGAAUGUGGGUGUACUUGGAACAGUGCAGUUGGAGGAUAAAUUCUUUAACUCGCUGCUCUAUUCAUUGCAAAGUUAUUGAUCUGAUGCAUCGGUGCAUUUAAAAUCUUGAUGUCUUUUCUGGAAUAGCACUGUUAAAAUUAAUGAGUAAAUGUUUACUUUUUUUUCUAGCAAAUAAUACCUUUUACUGUGCCUGAUAACAAGCACAAACCAUAAUUAAAGAUAAGGUAUGUAAUAAACUUUAAAAAUACUUUGCCUAGAUUGGAUUGUGGUUGGAUUCCAGCAUAGUAUUCUUGUGUCAGUAAGGUCUACAUCAGUUAAGCACAGAAUAAUCUUAAAGUUGUCUUCAUAGCAAAAGCUGUGAUUCUUUAACAAAAGAUAUACUUGAAUUCUCACACCUCAGUUAUGUUGAUUACACUUACGAUAGUUAAGUUUAGUCAUUUCUGGAUAUUAAAACUGUGAUGAAAAAUGUUUUCAGUUAAUAAAUAACUUCUGUGAAAGCACUG